GUGACAACGGCUACACAUCAAAGACACCGAUCUUUCCCUGUGCAUUAUGAUCAUUAGACCCUGGCUGGUAAUGUACCGCUAGACGGCGUUGUACUAGUUUACAGUGAAGAUGUGAAAAGAUGGCGGAAAGUUUGACAGUCAAGGGGCUUAUUUUUAUAUUAUUAACUAUAUCAACGGAAUCUAGUCAAAGUUGUCCUAAAGGAAGAUUUGGAUGGAAAUGUCGUUUUUUUUGUCAAUGUGCUGAUAACAAAGAAUGUGAUGUUUUAACUGGUGCUUGCCCUUCUGGCUGUCAAUCAAAUAAAUAUGGUAUCAACUGCCAAUAUAAUAACACAUGUCUAUAUGAUAGAAGAGGUGUAAAUUAUACUGGCUCAUUGAACGAAAUCGCACCCAACAUAACAUGUUUAAAUUGGACCAAAGUUAAAGAUUCUGGCGUCUAUACUGACUUCAAUAUUGAUGACUUUCCUGACAAUGAUGUUAAUCAUAAUUACUGUCGGAACCCAGGGGACAAAGAUUUUACCGAUUUACCCUGGUGUUACGUAGAAAAAAAAGAUGGAUCUAUAACAUAUAAGAAAUGCGACGCUCUAAAAGUCUGUGAGUGUCCUAAUUAUUUAUAUGGAGCAAGUUGUUUAAAAGAAUGCCAUUGUAAGAAUAUAAGUGAAAUAUGUGAUAAAGAAAUAGGAACAUGUGAAUCUGGUUGUGCUCCUGGUUGGAUUGGUACACUUUGUGAUAUACCUUGUCCUAAAGGUAAAUAUGGUAUUAAUUGUGAAAACCUAUGUGGUCAUUGUUUAAAUGAUAAUUGUCAUUCAGAGACAGGAAGAUGUCUUGACAAAUGUAAAUCAGGAUACUAUGGUACUAAAUGUACCAAAGUUUGUCCUGGGAAAUAUUAUGGUCCAAACUGUAUGAAUGACUGUGGCCAUUGUGGGGAUAAUGAUACAUGUGAUCAUGUGACUGGAGCAUGUUUUAGAAGUUGUGAAUCUGGUUAUACUGGUCAACAAGAUGGAUGCCAUGAACAAUGUCCUGCUAAUUAUUAUGGUAUAAUGUGUAAACAACCAUGUGGUUUGUGUAAAUAUGGUGUUACAUGUCAUCAUGUGUCUGGAAUCUGUGAAAAUGGUUGUCAGUCAGGAUCACUUGGACAACAUUGUAAUAAAAGUUGUGAGACAGGAUGGUAUGGUGAGAACUGUAGUUUUACAUGUGGUAAUUGUAAACUAGGUAAACCAUGUAAUCGUAUAACAGGACAGUGUUCACAAGGCUGUGCUGAGGGCUUUAUAGGCUAUAGAUGUGCAGAAGUUUUACAAGUGAAUUUAAAGUCAUCAGUAGUAGGUGGUGUUGUAGCAGCUGUUGUUGUAUUUAUAAUAAUACUCAUACUUAUUAUUUUAUUCUUGAGAAAUCGUAAAAGGAAGAGGAUGAAUAUAGCCAAACCUUUCAGUAAAGAUGGUAUACAAGAAGAAGAAUUACAGAUACAGGGAAUGGAAACCUGUCAAUUAUUGGGAGAUUCUAGAUUGGGGGAUGUUUUUUUCGCAGACCAAACAGUGCUGUCAGAGCAUGUGGACAAUCAGAUCAAUGAGGAGAUAAUUAGUGAGCCAAUCUAUAUGAACGUCAACAACACCAAGAAGCAGAGUAGUCCAGUCAUGUUAUCACAACUGUAUGAUUAUAUCAAGAAAAAUAAAGAAAACAACUUUUAUGGGUUUAAAAGGGAGUUUGAGGAAUUGCCAGUCGGUUUAUUAGCUUGCUGUGAAGUAAGUCGUAGACCUGAUAAUAGAGCUAAAAAUAGAUAUGGUAAUAUUGUUGCAUAUGAUCAUUCUCGUGUUGUAUUAGAUCCUAUACCUGGUGAACAAAAUACAGAUUAUGUCAACGCUAAUUACAUGGAUGGUUAUAACAGAAAAAAAGCUUUUAUAGCUUCACAAGGUCCUAAUAAAACUAUGAUUCGUGAUUUUUGGCGAAUGGUGUGGCAGCUAAAAAUAUCCAAGAUAGUGAUGUUGACAAAUUUGGUUGAAGCAUGCAAAAGAAAAUGUGAACAAUAUUGGCCAGAAGAAGGUUCUAUAAAAUAUGGUGAAGUUACAGUAAAACUUGUUCAUACAAAGAAAUAUACAGAUUACAUCAUAAGAACAUUUGAAAUAUCUAAGGAAGAAAUAAGUAAAAUUGUGAAACAGUUUCAUUUUACAACCUGGUCUGAUCAUGGAGCCCCUACAUACCCUACAACAUUGUUAGCUUUUAGACGGAAAGUAUUAAUGUAUAAUACUGAUAGUACAGCUCCAAUACUCUGUCACUGCAGUGCUGGUAUUGGUAGAACAGGAACAUAUAUAGCAUUAGAUUAUUUGUUAGAUCAAGCUCAACGUGAAGAUUUUGUUGAUGUAUUAUAUAUAGCACAAGUUAUGAGAACCAAUAGAGUUAAUAUGAUACAAACAUGGGAACAGUAUGUGUUUGUAUAUGAUGCUGUACUAGAAGCAGUAAAGAGUGGUAAUACAACUAUAUCUAGAUCAGCUUUUAGAACUGUAUAUCAAGAUAUGUGUACAGCUACUAACGAAGGUGAUAAAACAGAGCUAGAAAAACAAUAUAAUGUUUUACAACUUCUGUCACCAAAUAUAGAAAAAGAUGAAUGCUCUGCAGCUUUAACCCAAGAAAACAUACUUAAAAACAGAUUUAAAAACAUACUUCCUGCUAAUCGAUGUCGUCCAUUCCUGUAUACGCCCGUCGAUGACUGUAACGAUUAUAUCAACGCUGUCUUCCUACCAGGUCACACUCAGAAGGAUCAUUUUAUUAUAACACAGAUGCCCUUACCGAACACAGUAGCUGAUUUUUGGAGAAUGUUGUAUGACUAUAAUUCUGAUACAGUCGUCAUGUUAAAUGAGUUUGAAAGAAAUGAUUCGAGCUGUGCUUUAUAUUGGCCAGUAGAAUAUGGUUAUAGUGAGGAAUAUGGACAGUUAAGUGUUGAACUAUUAUCAUCAUCAGAAGUUGAUCCUGAUGUUACUAUGCACCUUUGUCAACUUAGUCAUAAAGGAAAGGGUGAAGAACGGGCAGUUAAACAGUUUUUAUUUAAAUCUUGGCCUGAUUAUCAAACAACACCGAAUUCAACUACCAGUUUAUUACGAUUACAUAAACUAGUCACAGAAUCUCUUAAGCAAAAUGGUAAAGGACCAGUAACAAUACACUGCAUGAAUGGUGCAAGCAAGAGUGGGUUAUUUAGUGCUAUUUGUAUUAUAUUAGAAAGACUGGAUAUCGAUCAUGAAGUCGAUGUUUACCAGUCUAUGAAACAGAUCCGAAUGAACAGACCACAGUUCAUUGAAAAUAUUGAACAAUUUCAGUUUUGUUACCAGGCUGUGAUGGAAUAUAUUGAUAGUCAAUGAUAGUUGUUUCUUAUAAUGAUUAUAAACAUUUCACUAUUGUCUCAAUUUAACACUCGUGAGAAAAGAUCUAAUAGAGUAUUAGCUGGAUGGAAAGAGUUUUAUGUAAAACAAAAGGAAAUUUCAGAGAAAUGUUACAAAAAGCAAGAAUGAAUAAGGAAAUAAAACUAUAAGAAAGGGACAAAAGAAGGAAACAGAUUUUGAUUUUGUGUGUGCUAACAAGAAUGAACUUUUGUGUGCUAACAAAAAUAAACUUGUGUGUGCUAACAAGAAUUAACUUGUUUGUGCUAACAAGAAUGAACUUGUGUGGUGAUAUAACUUGAGAAAGUAAGUUGUCGAUGUAAAUUAUGUGCUGUUACAGAAUGUGUCUUUAAUGUGUCCUCAGAUAAACAGUUGUGAAAUUGUGAACAUUUAUUUUUGUGUGUUUUAUUUUAUUUUUUUGAACUAUCAUAAGGUCUAUAGUUUUGUUAGACUCUUCUCUUUUUUUGAAACUGUUUAGGUCACACUAUGGAUUUUACCAUACUAUUUUAUAUGAAAUCAAAACAGAAAAUUAAAAGAUCAUUUUGAAUUAAAAAUCAUGUCCUUUUUAAUCAAAUACAAGUUCAAAUCAUGGAAAUAGUUUUAAUAAUAGGUUUAUCUUGAUUUGAACAUCUCUAACAACACAAUGUGUGGCAUUAUUAUUUUAGAACGAACUACAUGUAUUGAAAUAUGUAAACAAAUUAAACAUUUGUUAGAUUCUCUGAUCCUCAUUUGAAGGAUUGUUAAUCACUUAAGGUUGUGAAGGUUGAAUUUCUAAAGGAAAUAUUGGUCCAAAAAUGGUUCAAUUCCGAUCAGUGUUUACAAAGAUAUGUGGAAUUGAAAUUUCGUCAAUAUUUGGCAUCCACUGCAGACCAUGUAUUGAUUAUGGUAAAAAGCGGCCAGCGGCACUUAAUUUUCCCUCAAAUCUUUUUAAUCCAAUUGAAUCCAAACUGGGAGAUUGUCUAUGGUUUAUAUUUUGAUUUUGUUUUUUUAAUAAAAAUUUAAAUAAUCAAUAUGAGUAUUUUUUAGAGUGGAUUAAGCCCACCGUGGAAAGAUUAGAUAUAACAACCGUUCUGGUGUCAUGAGUUUUCUUUGAUUAUAAAAUGAAGUUAUAGGAUGUAAAUAGUGUAUACUAGUACAAACAGGUUAUUGUGGCUUCCAUGUAUUAAAUAUAUUGGAUUGUGAUAAUGUUUAAAUCUAGUAUAUUGUACAAUGGGCAUGUUUUCUACAUUGUGUAGCCUAGAGUAACUUGUAGUUCUUAAAGUUAAAUAUAUAUAUUAUUUUGUUUAUAAAAUAAAAAAUAGAUAUAGUAUAGUACAUUUAUUAUAUAACACAACACUGUAUGUGUAAACUGCCAAUUUUCUUUGCUGUCUAAACUUUUUAUGCUGUCAUCACAUCAAAUAGCGGACUAUUGUUUUAAAUUUCUAACUAGUCAAACUUUAUUCUGUAGUUGAUGCUUUAAAUAUAACACAGUGUCUGUAAUAGAUAAAUUAAUACUCUUAUACCAGACAAGUUUUGAUGAAUGUACAUUUAGCUUUAAUACAGUGUGUUUUCUUAUUAAAUAUUCCUAUAAUAAGUUAUUAACUAAGGAACAAUCCUACGUGUUCUGUUACUAUCAUCUAUGUAAAGAAGCAAUCAAUGAUUGUUUUUUUUUGAAAGAUUAGGCUAUAACACUGUGACGAUAGAAUAUGGCAACAGAACAAAUUGGUUUCAAAUCAAAAGAGAUUAAAUAAGAAACAUAAAAUUUUGAAAAUAAAAUUGUCUCUAGUCUAGUCUAACAGAAUGUUUAAAAUUCUAAUAUAUUUCUUUCAUGAAAUCAGAUGUGGUUUAGAUUUUUGUAUCAAAUGAUAUUGAAUCAACCCCAUUUCUUUGCUUUUUAAGAUAUUGUAAAUCAUGAUGCUCAAAUGUUAAUGCUGAUGAUUUUUAUAUUAUUUUAUUUUAGUUGUUUAUUCUUAUCUAGGAAGACGCUUCAAAAGUAGUUCCUUUUUUUUUUUACAAAUUUUUUUUUUCUUUUUACAACAUUCCAUUUUAUUUUUUUUUAUUAAUACAUUCCUGAUAUUAAAUACUUUAAUGGCACAUUCUUCUUAUUACUACCGUUUUUCUCCACUAGUUGUAUAACCAGUUAAAAAAUUGGUUGAUCUUUUUUUUUAGCAUUAUUUUUAUCAAAAGUGACGGCCAUACUUGAUAUAAAAAGUGAUAAAUAAUAUGUGAAUAGAGUUGAUGACAUAUUAAUGUUUUAAUACUUCAGGUUUUACUAAAAUAUUAGAUUUUAUCUAGUCAAUAGUUAUAACUAAAGGGACAACAUAUUAGAAUGAUAAUUGGAUAUCGAAUCUGAGACCAUACCUAAUCAUAAAGCAGAACAGUGGUCCAUUGUUAUGGUCAUUUAAAGUUUACAUUAGUUUCUAUUGAUUUCAUAUUACCAUCUCAUAAAUAAAAUAUUAAUUAUGAAAUAUUUUCUAUAAAAGCCAAUCUGAUAUAAUAUAAAUUUCUGAAAAAUAAAUGAAGCAAAGUGGUAAUCCAAUUUUUAUUAGAUUGAAUAUAAGCCAGCAUAUGGUUUAUGGACUACCUGUUUUUGUUGUCCCUCUAAUAUUUCAAUAUAGAUAUCUGUAUAUAUACAAGUUAUAUUAUCUUAUUUCAUAUUUUAGAUUAUCAAAUUAAAUAACAUUAGCACUUUUACAUUUAAAGGUCUCUUACAUUUUCUGUUACUUAUGGAAUUUUAAAUAAAAUUAUCAAUGACAAAUUUAUCAACAUACAUUUGUAUUACAUCUGUAAGUCAUGUGAGUGAAUAAGUCUAUCAUGUAAACAAAACAGCAUGUUCAGCAUAUAAAACGUAUAUAUAUAUAUAUAUAUAUGUUUGGCCUAUUCUUUAUCAAAAAAAAGUCGAUUCAUAAUUUGGUAUUAUUUUUGGGUAAAUCUAUACAUAUUUGACUUUAUUCCCCAUUUGUAUGGACUCCAAACUUUUAUCUAAAUUUUGUAAUGUUUUUUUUUUGAUUGCACCCUUUCCUGAAUUGAAAUGACUUUUUGUUCAUUCCAUGAACUGUUAUUAUAUUCAUUACUUUUACUAAAAGUUAUGUGAUACAUUACAUUAAUGAUAUUUGUUUUAUACUUUUUAUUUUACUAUUAUUUAUUCUAUAUUAAAGUAAUAAAAGUACAAUAACAUAGGUCUUAAAUGAAAUUAAUAUACAAAAACAAUAAAAAUAAUAUUUUGAAAAUUUGCAUAAUUUUAAAAGACAAUUUGGCAUUAUUUCUUAAUGCCUGCAAGAAUGGUUAUCAAGUAAAUUUUCAUUUCAUGUGGUAAUAUAGUGUUUGAAAAUAGGACUGAAUAAUUACAUGUAAGUGACAGCCUUCUGAUUAUGUAGAAAUAAAAGACAAUUGCUUGUGAUGAAUAUUGCAAUACCAUGUUACUAUAAACCUAAACCCAUUAUAGGUUGUGAUUUAUUAAAAAAUUAUUCCUUUAUUACCAAAUAAUACUUGCUACAUUUCUUCAUAUUCUCUUUACUUUCCAAGCUAAUUAGAAUACAGAUCUUACCUAAUUUGUUCCUUUUUUCUUAGCCAAAUAUUUAUGUUACGAGAAAAAAAUGAAAGUAUGAAAUCAUAAAAAGGUCUGUGUUUUAAUGAGACUUUAUUUCUCAUUGGUGAAAUAUUUGUUAUUUUAUUCACAUGUUUGUUCACUGCUAGCUGCUGAAGUCAUUAUAUCAUUAUUAUAUAUAUAAAUAUAUAAAGAAAAACAAUUAUUGUAUGGAGUGAAUUCUUAUAUGAAAAGUUGUUAGUAGAUAUUUUCAGUUAUUUGUUAUAUACUAAACACAUUUGUUUCACAUUUGUAUUUCACAACAUAAGAAGCUUUGAAAAUAAAAUUUAUUAGAACUUU